AGCCUCAUCUAUCUGUAACCUCUCUUCUCAAACGCCUCCUUCUUCAAUCGCCUCCUUUUUCUUCGAUUCUCUUUCUUCUUGAAGGACGACACACCUCUUACAAGUUUAGAGCAGGUAUGUAUUUUAUUCUUAUUUUUUUUAGGUUUUCAAAAUCGUAUAAAUUCGAUCAUAAAGUUUUAGAAUAUUAAUUUGGAUUAUUGCAGAUGUUAACUCUUCAUAGUUAAAUUUUGGUUUUAAUUUCAAUUGUUUUAGAAAUUCUGUUUUGAUCUAUAAGAGUUAAUGUCUGUGUACAUCUUGUAUGUGUGUUGCUGCUUCAUUCUACUUCUUCUAUUGUUCUUCCCUUAAAGUUUGGAAGGGAAUUCAUAAAUGGCAGACUAGAAAUACACUGUUUGGGACUGAUCCUUCUGUUAUUGGGGUUGGGAAUGUGGUUUUGGGAUUUUAAUCUAUUAAUUUAAUUACUCUUUGUAAUUAAAAAACAAAGUAUGAGAUUUAGCAUAAGCUACUUGUGUUGUUUCCAGAAUUGAGAGCUAUAUUAUAUUUGCUGAACAUAGCUUAAGGAGUAUAUUAUAUUUGAUGAACAUAACUUAAGGAGUAUAUUAUAUUUGCUGAACAUAACUUAAGGAGUAUAUUAUAUUUGCUGAACAUAACUUAAGGAGUAUAUUAUAUUUGCUGAACAUAACUUAAGGAGUAUAUUAUAUUAGCUGAACAUAAGGAGUAUAUUAUAUUUGCUGAACGUAGCUUAAGGAGUAUAUUAUAUUUGCUGAACAUAAACUCUAUUCUGAAGGAAGUAUCAGUAACAUUUUGAAUUUUUACAUAGAGAAAUCUCAUAUCUGUUUGUUGUUGCUCAAUGUAUGUUUGGUUUUUCAGUAUUCACUCAUUUUUUAUUAAAUGCAGAGUGAGUUUCUGCAUAUUUUCUGUCAAAUAUCUGUGCAAAUUGUUUAAAUGCUGUGAUUUCUAUGAAAGCUGCAUAUUACUUGUUGAGAUGGAGAUGCUUCAAUUGAGUUUUCGAGUUGACGGAGGUCUAGUUAGGGUUUGUUUUGAGAUGUACAGAAUUCAUAAUGUGGCAGCCGGCAUGGUAGUCAAAAUUGAGGUGGGGUUUCUCUGCUUUGCUUGCUGCAUCUCAAAAACAUACUUUUGAAAUUAGGCCAUCAUGUAGAAGUUGUGGGACUGUGAGAGUCAGCUGGUUAAGGAAAGCUUAGCUUAUGAAAUCGCUUAGCCAUUAAGUGUUUGUUUGUUGUAGUAGUGAGGCAUCAGUACGGAGUUGCGUCAGCUGUGGAUAUAGACUAGGCUAAGUGACGGACUUCAUCUCUUUUAUUCUCUUCACUUAUAGCUUACACUUCAGCUGAUCUAACGAGGCUCAGGUGUGGAGCCAACCACUGUGAACCGAGACUACGCAAAGGUAGAACACCCUUGAAACUUCACUUACUUUAUCAUAAACCUUGAUUUCGCUACGCUCAAUAAGAACCCGGAAUAGCGUAAAUCGGUUUGUGUUCCGCUUCCAAAAAGUCAGUCGUUUUUGCCCAAGUGUGAACUGCAGACGACUCUCCAGUGGUUCCAUUCCUUCUUACUAUACUUCUGGGUCAACCCAACCCAAUGGGAAGAAGAGGGUCAGCCAAACUGCAGUCCACUUUGUACCUCUGCUGAGCAGACCAAUCAGUCAUUUUAGAAAAGGGAAGGGAACUUCUCACCGAAGGAGGCGGGAAGCUACCGCUUCUAGAGUGGAAGCUUAUCCUUGACUUUUUUUUAGAGCGUAUCGCUAUUUUCAUUUGAUUUUGAAAUAAUAAAAAAAGGUUCAUGGCUCCACUUUGAUAAGAGAUUAUUUUUAACUAUUUGAAUCUGUUAAGACUUUAUUGAGAUUAUGAGUUCUAUCCCCAAGCAUUCUCAUCUAUAUAGGCUUAGGGUACCAAAUGCCAUUAAGAAUCCAGAAUUAAGAAAUUUGUUUAGAAAAAUGAGAAAUAUCCUGAGCCGCAUCUUUUCCUUCAAAGGAGAAAAUGGUGUGAAGUUUAUUUUGCCAAACAGCUUUCCUAACUAAUUCAUAUUCAGGAAUGACCUUAAACACUGAGUUAUCUUCUUCGGUAAUAAUGUUUGGGAUGUUUUCUAGAAUGUCAUCAAACUGAGCAGUGUAAUCUUGAGGGAAAUAUAUAUCAUCACCUCAUAGUAUUGUUCCUACAGUAGUCGCUCCAAAAUGAGCUUAUUUUGACUUCUAUCAUCUGUUAGUGCUGAUUGCAGUGUUUACACGUACUAGUUAGUGGCCAUAAGGUAUAAUUGGGACAGGAUGAUAUGGUCAGGGGGGAUUCUGCCUGGUGGGAAAUUGGGGCAGGAGGAUAUUAUUUUCUUCUUUUGUUACUCUAGGUGGAAUAAUUUCCACCUGAAAUGAGUCAUAGCUCUUGAACACUAAGACUUUGACUUCUCUGAGUAUUUGUGGCCUGAAGGUAGGUUGUGCAGAAUCUAUCUGGGGUAUAUGAGUGGGAUGCAACAUUACCCUAAGAGGAAAGAUUGGCUUCUUUAACACGUCCAGAGAUCAAGGGUGAAUAUGAGAGAUGUCAUUCAGUUUCUACGACUUUGGGUGAUGUGACAAGAUGAAAUGAAAAGAUGAAGCUUAGAUGUUAAGCGUUUAGGAUACUUUAACAAUUUUGUCAUGUUUAGUACUAUAUUUAUUUUAUGUCAAAACCCUAUUAUAUUAAUAAUUGUGAAUCUUUGAU